AUUUGUGUUCAUAUAAACCCUGACGACUGUCGCCGCGGGCUUGUUUCAGAAGUCGCUUCCGCCGGUUCGCACACAUCGCGUGCAAUAUAAUAGUGUAAAAGUGUGCUGCACGAGUCGAGAUGAAGAUCCUGAUGAGAGCGGACACCCACUACAGCAUAGUGGUGGGUGGCGCAGAUUAUGAAAAGCCGACGUAUACGUUUUCGCAGGUAUUGGCUGCGGUCGCGGUCUCGCUGGGUUCUAUGAUUGUCGGUUUUUCCUCAGCGUACACUUCACCUGCACUAGUCACUAUGGAAAAUAGCACAAGGAUAUCGGUCACGAAAGAAGAAGGCAGUUGGGUUGGUGGUCUCAUGCCACUAGCAGCUCUAGCUGGAGGAAUUAUAGGCGGACCGUUAGUUGAUUAUAUCGGUAGAAGAAAAACAAUAUUGAUCACUGCCUUCCCCUUCAUCAUCGGAUGGAUGCUGAUCGCAGCAGCAAACGUGGUUGACCUAGUCCUAGCUGGCCGCGCCAUCUGCGGCUUGUGUGUCGGCAUCGGAUCAUUAGCAUUCCCGGUUUAUCUCGGUGAAACUAUACAACCGGAAGUAAGGGGUACUUUAGGCUUAUUCCCAACUGCGAUAGGAAAUAUCGGUAUACUUAUAUGUUAUGCCGCCGGAAUGUAUUUAGAUUGGUCGCAACUUGCUUACCUUGGAGCCUGUUUGCCCGUACCCUUCCUUGCUUUGAUGUUUCUUAUCCCAGAAACACCGAGAUGGUAUUUGUCCCAAGGCAGGACCGAAGAAGCCAGGAAAGCUCUGCAAUGGCUCAGAGGUAAAAAGGCGAAGAUUGACAAUGAAAUGCGCGAUAUAGCCUUAACUGACGCCGAAUUGGGCAGCGAUUCAUCGUUGGCAGAAUUGUUUAAUAGAAAGUACUUAAAAUCUAUAUCUAUUUCGCUUGGACUAAUGGCUUUCCAACAAUUGUCGGGUAUCAAUGCCGUUAUUUUCUACACCGUGCAAAUAUUCGAAAUGACUGGUAGCUCAAUAGACAAGAACUUAUCAACAAUUAUUGUGGGUAUAGUCAAUUUCGUGUCCACGUUCAUAGCGACAGGGUUAAUUGACAGAGCGGGUCGUAAAUUAUUACUUUAUGUGUCAUCUGUUACAAUGACCAUCACUCUAACAAUUUUAGGCGCAUUUUUCUAUGCGCGAGACGAGGCCCAUUUAGAUGUUUCAUCUUUAGGAUGGUUGCCAUUAACGUGUCUAAUGGUAUAUUUGCUUGGCUUCUCGUUGGCUUUUGGACCAAUACCCUGGCUUAUGAUGGGAGAAAUAUUACCAGCUAAAAUAAGAGGUGCAGCUGCUUCGAUUAUAACAGGUUUUAACUGGUUGUGUUCAUUUGUGGUGACAAAAACAUUUCAAAAUAUCCUACUUGCUAUUGGCCCUUCGGGAACCUUUUGGCUCUUUGGUUGUAUUUGCUUUGUAGGUUUAUUUUUUGUGAUUGUAUGUGUGCCUGAAACACGUGGCAAAAGCCUUGAACAGAUUGAAAAUAAGAUGACUGGCAGAAAAGCUAGAUCACGUCGAUUAAGUUCAAUUGCCAAUAUAAAGCCAUUCCCAAGUGGAUGUUAGGAAAGUCAAGGGAAAUUAAAAUUUAAUAAUCAACUCACAUACUAAUGUUAUCAUAUAGGUACCCACCAUUUAUUUGUAACAAAACACUACUAUUGCGUACGAGAUUUAAUUUAUUAACUAUCACAAAUUAUUUAAGUUGAAUAUGUAGGUAACAAUAUCAAAGUUUGGUGGAUUCAAAUUUUCAAUACUUAAAAUGCCAGUGUGCGCGAAAAGUCAACCAGUCUGGUCAAAAGAACAGCCUUCUGGAACCCUGGGUGUAUUCCCAUAGCAUACUGUGUUGUCGACUGUCUCACAUUUAAGGAUUCCCUGAGCACUGGUUUCUUUUUUGGACAAAUAACCGGUGACAUGAGCAUAUGUGUUUAAAUACAAAUUAUGACUGAACUCCUUAGUUCUACGCUAUCUUGACGUUUGGUCGCUAAAAAUGUGCAAGGGUUUUCACAACUUGCUUUAAGAUUUUAACGCACGGAAAGCAUAGACUUACACCACAGAUGGUACGCGUAUUUAAAGUACCCUUUUAAGUAUAGUUGACCACUCAUAUAGACCCUGCCUACUGAGCUAGACUAACGCGGGGUGCGUUUGAAUCGCUGUUCGUUUCAUUUGCAUGAUGACUAUGGAUAUUUUUAUGAUUUAUGUAUUUUUAAGUAUGUAUAUCGUAUUAAAUAUAUCGCUGUCUUGCACCCAUAGUAUGUAGGCUAUGCCUAGUUAGGGUCAAAUUACUUUGUGAAAAAAAAUUCGUGAAUAUCAUCAUUAUCAAAAAGUGCUAAUUUGAUAACUAAGGAGCAAAAUCUAAUUGUAGCAUAAGAACACCAAACUCGUGAAAUUGAUUUCGUGUAUGUGACAUCAUGCCUAAAUACGAGUACCGAUUUGCAAUGGAAUAAAUCGCUACCAACGUUGCGAUCCAUCAUCGCAAGGUUUCUCUGUUUAGUGGACCCGUAUUGAGUCACUAUUUCUAUUUAUUAAAAUGUUUAUGUGCAGGUUUAUAAAUCCAUUUCAGGCCUUAAUCACAUACAAAUAACGCCAGCUAAAUGUUUUCCUUCUCUUUCAGCCGCCUAGCUAAACAAACUCUUUCUUUUUCGACAACUUACUGCCUAAUAGUUACCAAUGAUAUAAUUCCUUAAUUAUGAGCCAGUAGCAUAAAACCUACUAAAACAUAAAAAAAAAAAUACUUUAUCAAAAGUAGAGUCUGAAACUCUAUUUGUUAAAUAAUUUAAACAAAACUAUUCACCAAUUUUUCAAUAAUUUUAAAAUAAAAAUACACACUUUCACACUCUAUUACAAGGGGAUAUGAAUCUCUUAAAACAUUAAUAGAUAUUUUUUUCAUUUAUUCAAGUACUUAUGCAUCCAUAUUCAAGACCUGUUUUGGCGACCCAUUUCCAAACUAUAAUAUAGAUGUUUACAUGUAGUUAGGUAGUUUUUCAAAAAGAUUAUUGAAUAAUUCUAUAUUAUGGUAGCGUAGGCAAUCUAGUUUCAAUUCAAAUAAAUAAAAUGGUUUAUAUUUAUUUAGUAACUUAGGUAUAUUACCGAUAGACUUAUGUUUACUUUUAUAAAUUUUUCUUUGAUAAUAAUUGACAAAUUACAACAAAAACCAAUUAUAAUAAAUUUGGCCAUCCACUAGAGAUUGUCACAAAGCAAUAUGAAAUGAAAUGAAAUAUAUCUUUAUUGCACACCACAAGAUAAUUAAACAUAACAAAAAUCAAUAGGUGGCCUUAUCACUUAAGAGCAAUUUCUACCAGGCAACCUGUAACUUUAAUUUUAAUUGAAUAAAAAUUUAUUUUUAGUGAAUUUUUAAAUUUAGUUGAAAUAUCAGAUGACAAUUAAAAAAAAAGCGCGUACACCUUCCUUAAAGGCCGGCAACGCUCUUGUGAUUCCUCUGGUGUUGCAAGAGAAUGUGGGCGGCGGUGAUCACUUAACACCAGGUGACCCGUACACUCGUUUGUCCUCCUAUUCCAUAAAAAAAAAAAUUAAAUAAGGAUAAGAGAUUUAUAUAUAUGUUGCAGUUAUAUUGUCAAAACCGUAAUAUUACAAUUUGCAACCCACUAUAAGCUACCUACACCCACAGACAACCUACCAUGCAGGGUCAACUAGUAUUAUUACAAUAUUUUCCAAUGUAAAAAUAAAUUAAGUAUGUUAAGCCAACAACAUGCCAAAAGAUGCCAACGCAUAAAUUAUUACAUUUAAUAUACUUAUAUUUAAUUAAAAUGUUUUAAAUGUAUCAAUAGUCACUAGCCUUCUCUUUUAUUAUGUAAAGAAUAUGAUAUAAGUUAGACCAACUAGUAAGUAAUUUUUAAUUUAUAUUGAUUUUUGAGUAUGACGUACUUAAUAUUGUUAUCAGUACUAAUGAAGGAAUGUUUCUAGUAGUUUUUAAGUAUUAUAAAUUUGUUAAUUGUAUAUAGACAUCAUUACAAUAAAAAAUAUUUUAUUAGU